AUGGCUGCUGCUCACCCCUCCUCACAACAUCCUUCUCCACAAAUGGAUUAUCCCACCACACCAACUAUGAACCAGUCACCAAUAUCUCAGCCAGAAUGGGAUAAACUAAUGCAAGAUGAAUUACGGGGGUUCACCCAGAUGGUUGAGGGGACGCAAGAUCCUGGUCAGCUAGAUAGACAGGAGAUAACGAAGAGACAUUGGGUGGAAAACAGUGAAAGAUCUGAAUGUGUCAAUCCUAGUUGUAAACUGAAAUUUUCACUGACAGAGAGAAAACAUCACUGCAGGAGAUGUGGUGAAGUGUUUUGUUGGACGUGUACAAACUAUCAGAGAAGAUUAUCUGUACUUGCAGAACCUGACCCUGGAGGUAAACUUUAUAAGGUGUGUUACAGGUGUUUUGACCAAGGACCACAAACUGUUGGGGCAACAUCCACGCAUACAAACUAUUUUAAGCAAGUAAGACAACUAUGCAAAUCACCUGAAUAUUCACAGAAGUCAACGAUAAAUGACUGUGUUGAUCAUUACAAUUUACCGUUUGAUAUAAACGCAGAAUGUGAGCGCUUGAUUGAAGGUUUUCAACUCAGUAUCGGCCAUUCAAAGAUCAGGUCAUCGAUGCGGGAAAUUAUAAGUCCGCUCACCACGGUACCAACAUGGCAGAAAGCUCGCAGAUGGACGCCGAAAAGUGCUACUGACGUGUGCCAGCGAUGUCACUUGGCAUUUGGCUGGCUUAGCAAGAAAUACAACUGUAAAGUAUGUGGGUGUGUCGUGUGCAUGCCUUGCUCCUCCACAGAUCUCUUAGUAUUUGUACCUGAUGAAGAAGAUCGAAAUGCACUAGGAGAGCGACCGAGAUGGGCCAUAAUCAGAAUUAUCGGAUGUCCGGAAAUUGAACCUGAUAUCCACUUAUACUUAAGGGUCUGUAACAAAUGUAAAGAUCAGUUGCUGGAAAUUCAGGUCAAUAACCAGAAGUCACUGUCGCAGAGUCACCAGAUUGAAGAAACCAAUGAUGUGAACAGUAAUGUUGUCUAUAUCUAUGGGAAAGUUGUGCGUUUUCAGGAAAAAAUAGAUGCCCAGUUACCCAAGUAUCGACAGUUGAUAGAUGGGCUAGAGAUUGGUCUCGGUUGUCCAAAGUCGUUACCGCAAGUCAGAAGCAAUAUACAGAUAUUAGCAAAAGCUCAGGGAGAUCUGUCGGACCAUUUCACAUCAUUUGUUUUCACGGUUAUGAGCAUAAAACAGUUAAAACCACAGACACCUGCACAGCAGUCGACAAUCAGAAAUUUACUCAAGUGUAAAUUUGAAUAUUAUCAUGACAACAUGUAUAUAUUCCGACAAUUAAUGAGAAGAUUGGAAUCGGUGACUCCUUCCGAAGUGUUAGAAAGGAUACAGGAGAUUGUUGACUUGAAUGCCAUCAACAGUGCAUACUUGGCAACUUCCCAGCUAUCUUUUGAAGCGCUUAAUUUAUGCAUGAAAUUUAAAUUGAAUGAACAAUUUGCUUCCUUGAUUCGGAAAACAUCUGAAGUUAUUUGUGGAGACUUAAAAGUUAUUGUGAUACAAGGAGGAGAGGACUGGGAUACACAUCAACAACAAGUCACCCAUUUUGUUAAGAUUCAGUUGAAGAAAGAAAACCAUGACAAACUGCGAUAUAUCAGGCCAUCUCGGCGACAGAUACGAGCGAUUGGUGCUGAAUACAUCAAAUCAUUCCUUCCUGAAAGAUGCGAGCAGGUGGUCACACAGAUUGGUAUGCAGCUGAAUGCCAAAUGUGCCGAAAAGCAGUUCAAGAAUUCGAAAGACUCCUUGGCUAGAUUGAAAGAGACUUUUCGUAAAAUCAUUGAAAUGGGAAACUGGGAACACAUUGAGAACUAG